CUGAAUGGCCUGUCCAGGCAGUAUCAGUCAAAAUGUCAGGCUUAUUCUCAGAUUGAGUUACAAGAGCAGUCCUGCCUGUCGCUCUGACAAUGGACACCGGCACUGAAUAAGAGGCUGAAACUUUAAUGAGAAAAACUUGAUCCCAUUGCCAGGUAACCAGCAGAACCAUGACAGAUGCCCCUCACCGGUCUGGUUAUCCAGCACAGGUCCUGCAUUCAGGGAGCACCAAACGUAGGGUGAGAUCCAACAUUUUAGGUUAGUGGGAUCCGGGAUGAAAAAAUAAACAGGGAAGGAGACAUGAAACAACACAUGAUUUUAUAAAACGGGAUUCGAAAAUCCAAACAGUUUAAUCUGACUCCAGAAUAAAACUAUUCAUUACUGGGUUUCUGGAGGCAGAACCCAGAUGAAGUGAAGAGGCAGGAGACGGCGAACGUUGAUGGUGUUGAAAAAGCUGUGAGACCUUUCAGGAGUAAACAUGAACCCGGCACUUUGGAAAACCUACAAGAGCAAGGUGCUGAAAACCUUGAACCCAGAUUUUGAGGAGGACGCAGUGGAGCAGAGCAAUGAAGUUGAAACUGACCUUGCUGCUACCCCAGAAGACGAGGGUGCGAGUGCUGUCUCCCAGCUUGCAAGAAAGAUGCAGGGUGCUGGUGCCAAAGGCUGGAAGAGCAUGUCUGCGCUGUUCAGCAGGGAGGACGAACACAAGCUCCUGGCGUCCGAGAGCCAACCCGCGGCGGACCACCCAUUGGCACCGAAACAGGAGGAGCCUCGUCUGAACAAGAGGGCCACGGGAUUCUGGGAUAGCUUCGCGACCAAGUGGCAGCAGCAGUCCGCCGCAAUGAAGGAGGCCGAGAGCGAGCUCGCGGGCGAGGUGGUGCCCGAGGACGCCGGGUCAACCCCGGAGGAAGGGGGGAUAGAGGAGGGGGAGAGCAACAACUCCACCAAGUACACAACACUGGGAGGGGCCGAGGACACGGGCUUCAAGUGGAACUUUGUGACCAGCAAGCUGGCUGAGCUGAAGAGCAAGAGCCAGGCAAAGACCAACUAGCCAGCGACAAGGAAGAGAAAACUAGGAGACCCACAAAACCCCCCUCCUUUUCCCCAUCCUCCAAACACCAGGCUGGUUUCCUGCGUGGAGGCCCUUAUGCAGUUUACUGUGGUAAAAUCAGAGUAAAGUGUAGUAAAGCACAGUGAAAUGAUGCUGAAAGCAUGGUAAAGCACAAAGCAAGCCAUGGAAACUCAAAGCAAAGCAUAGCUGAAUCCAUACGAGCAUUGGGAAAGCUAGAGAUUUACCAUAGUAAACGUGUGUAAGGGCCAUGCCACCUUUUGACAUAAAGGCUGACUGGUGCAGUAGUCUCAGGUGAUUGACAAGACUGUCUCUUAUAUAGUCUCAGGGCAAGAUGCCUCUUAUCUGACGUUUUAAUCUGUGAAACAAUAGCAUAUUUAGGGAAAGAAUUACUGCAUUUUGGACACUCUUUCUACUAAUACAGAAAAUGGUUACCAGCAUUUCUCCAGGAAGGAAAAAAACAGUAAAAAGAGAAAGUGGAUUUGUCAAAAAUGCAGCUUUUCUUUUGCUGCUCAGAUAAAGGAGCACAGGAGAACAGUUAGCUGUGAUGGUGGUCUGUCAGCUCUGUAUUGAUAUAGGAGGGAGUGGGGGAACCCAAAUCUUUCCUAUAAAAGACAAUAAAAAUGAUGGCAACAUGGGGGGUGAGUAAAGUAAAUAUUCAGACAGGAGUUUGAAAGAGAAAGGCAAGGGGAUUUGUGCUGAACUACUAUUCAGAUGCAGUUGACGUGUAACUACUUACAGAGGGUAUGUGUAAAUUCAGACCCAAAUGUGACACAUACUGUAUGACAUACCUGUAGACAUUCCUGCACUGUGGAUUUAGGGUCUUUUAUUGAAAUGGUAAUGACAGGGAACCACUGCUGUACUUAUUAUUGCUGUGUUUUAAUUGAAAUGGCACAGUGAGUAGAUACAACAUCAUAGGGGGUCUGCUAUUGUUCGUUUUUUUUGUUUCUUGUAUUUUUCUCUUUGUUUUGCUACUUCCUCUCUGGUGUUUUCUUGAACUCACUACAGCCCUCUUUCAUCCGCAGGAACCUGUAGCAAUAAGAAGUCACCCACAGUCACUUCCGGGCAGCUGGGGCCCAACUCUGUCCUCUGUUGCAGUGGUCUUUUUUCACCCCAGCACCUUAUUGGUAUAAUUUUAUCGUUAGAACAAGGCUAAAAAUAGUAUUUCUGACUUUCCAAAUAUUGUUUCUUUGUUUCUGGUUAUAAAAAUGUUGCCUGAAUACCUUAUUCACCCAGUAGUGAAGAGUGUCUGUAAAUUUAGAAUAAAAUGUA